AUGACCGACGUUGCGAGGAAGUUGUCGUACCACAGUGCCAGAGAUGAGAAUGAAGAGGUCAUCAACCCUUUUCUGCGCUCGGGGAGCCCGCUGCUAGCUCCAAACUCUGGCCAAUUCAACCCAAAAAAGACCUUUGGGAAUUAUCCUCUGGCGGUGUUGAGUUUCCUCAAGAAGCCAGUUGUAGGGAAGAUGCAUAAGACGAGAAUCCAGAUCUUGCGGGAUAUCGAAGGCUUGGUGAAAAGCAGAGAAAUGCUUCUGGUGGGCUGCUCAACGCUCUUGAAGACUAUUUCGGGAGAGACAGAUGGUUUAAUUGUCGGCUCGGACUCUCAUCUCAACUACCAAGAUAUUCCGAAGGAGACCAUGCACAAGGAGUUCCGAGGAGAGUGCAUCUAUCAAGCUCAGAUCGAUAUACACUUCCCCCAGUUGACUAUUGCUCAAACCCUGGAUUUCGCUGCUCAUGCUAGUGUUCCACGCAACCGCCUACCUGGUGUUUGUAAUGACUUCAUUCGGGGCGUCUCUGAUGGUGAACGCAAGCGGCUUAGUACUGCAGAAGUUGCUAUUGCUGGCAUUCCUCUGCAGUGUUGGGAUAAUAGCACGGGUGUUCUCGAUAGUGCUACAGCUCUUGAAUUCAUUCGGACAAUCAGAACGUCAACAGAACCGACCGUAGCUACAGCAAUCUUGACCCUCUACCAAGCCUCGCAGUCAACCUAUGAUACGGUAUUCAACAAAGUAACUGUGCUGUACAAGGGUCGACAGAUCUACUUUGGCCCAAUUCAGACGGAAAAGACCUUCUUCAUCAGCCUGGGAUUUGAAUGUCUGCUGCGACAAACAACGACGGAUUUUCUCACCUCUUUAACCAACCCAGCUGAGCCAGCAGUCUGCAAAGGAUUCAAAGGCAAGACUCCCUGUACUCCAACUGAUUUUGCUGAUGCAUGGCGAAAGAGCGAGGACCGAGCACGUCUACUGCGGGAGAUUGCUGAAUUUGACCGCCAAUACGCGGUUAGAGGGCCAUCUCUCAAUGAAUUCAAGCAAUCGCGAAAAGCUUUGAUGGUGGUCCUAUUGACUCAAGACAGGCGUGUAACAUCCCCCUACACCCUUUCGCUUCCAAUGCAAUUGGAAUUGUGCAUGAGACGAGGUUAUCAAAGACUCAAAGGAGACAUGGUCGUCACUGUCGCGGGCAUUCUCUUCAACCCAAUUAUGGCGUUUGUCAUUGGCAGCGUCUUUUAUAACUUGCCCAACGAGACUGGUUCUCUCUACAGUCGUGGAGCUCUUCUCUUCUUUACGGUCUUGUUGGUGGCAUUUGCCUUUGCACUGGAGCAAGCCAAAUAUGCCUUUUACCAUCCGUUUGCCGAAGCGAUUGAUAUUCAUCAGGGCAAACUCGAGCAGGCUUCAGCAGUCUGCCAUCAUUUUGGUUAUUACCACAACGUCGGCCUAUCUGCCCACUACAAGCUUCACAAAUCUUCGCGUGUCUCUGCUCUGAAACAUCUCAUAUACUCCGCACUAGCAGAUGUCAUCCGGAAACAUCCCAUAUUGUCGGCCAUUCCCGUCGAUGAAGAGAGUCCAGAUGCUUAUUUCGCCCACCUUCCUUCAAUUGACUUUGAAAGAAGCAUUCUUUUCAUCGAAAGACGCCAACCCUUAGCUGUCUCUGAAGCGGGAGAAGACAGAGAGCUCGAUACAAUCCUACAGGAUCAACACAACACCAAUUUCAAGUCCGAGUACGGCGCCUUGCCAUUCUGGCGUUUGCUCAUCCUAACGACCCCCGGUAUUGAGAACGAAUUCACCGCCUCCUUCAUCUUUCAUCAUGCUAUUGGGGAUGGAGUCUCCGGCCUCAUUUUCCAUAACGCGUUUCGAGAUGCUCUUGAGGCGAACUCUUUGUCUCUUUCCGUUGAUCCGAAACUCAAACAAAUCAUCACCCCAAAUGAUACUCCACUUCUUCUACCGCUUGAAGAACUGCAUCCUCUUCCUAUCCGCCAAAUUUCCACCAAACCUUCAACGACAAUUCUGAAGGAGUGGACGGGCAACGUGAUUCAUGCUCCUUGCAAAUCCCACUACAAGACGCUCUACCUCUCGCCCAGCUCUUCCGCCACAUUCGUACAAGAUUGCAAGAAAAAAAACCUGUCAGUGACAUCUGCCCUCUCAUCUCUCAUCGCCACGGUUCUAUUCAGCAUCCUCCCCCCAGCCACGGAGUCCCUCACCUGCAUCAUCCCAGUCAACUUACGGCCGUGGCUGAAACUAGAAUGCGAUGUCGCCGGGAAUGCAAUCGGGACAUACUUCGACGCCUUCAGAGUCCAAUUCCGUCGUCCUGAUGGGAAUAUCCAAUGCCCCAAUUCGACGGACAUCUGGCCUGGAGCCCACAAAACGUCGAGAGAAAUCGUAAAUUACCUUGGUGACCUUUCACCUUCUGGCGAGCUAUACACCGCCGUUGCCAUCUUCAAAGCCAUCCCAGACGUCUCCGUCAUCUUUACUUCCACCAUUGGCAAGGAUCGCGACGCGGCGUUUGAAGUAUCGAAUCUAGGGGCUUUCCCUUCUUCCAUCAAAGCAGGAACUGAUCUCCUCUGGCAACUAGGAAGAGUAACAUUCAGUCGGAGCUCAGUUGUUUCCGGCAGUGCGGUUACCUUGAGUAUUGUUUCUGGCGGGGAUGGAGGUUUGACGAUGGGUUUUAGCUGGCAGGAUGGUGUUGUGGAGGACAGCCUUGUGGAUAGUCUCAUCGAAGGGAUCGGGAGAUACCUGGAGGUUUAA